AUGGAUAUCCGAUCCCUCGCCCGCCCCGUAGCCCAGCUACUCACCUCGCGCUGCCACCAGCCUCUCCUCCUCCAGCGCGGCCACAAAACAACCGCCCGCACAAAGCGAGCCCUCAAAAUCGCCCCCCACGACUCCUUCCUCCCCAGCCGGACGACGCCCUUCCCCGCCGCCGACAGCAUCAUCUACAACCCCCCCGCGUCAGAGGCAUCCCCAGCACACACCCCCUUCAUCUUCCUGCCGAGCAGCGACCCCCGAAAAUCAGCACUCCUCCGGAUGCGUAGCGGCGGUUCUACCCUCGAUAAUGUCGCGGAGGCAGGUCUGCCGCCCAAGAUGCGGUACAAGCAUCGGCGCCCGCGGUAUAAUCUCAAGGAGGAAGAUGUCGAGGAGAUGAAGAGGCUUCGGGCGGAGGACCCCCUUACGUGGAGUGUGGGCAAGCUGGCGCAGAAGUUUGACUGCUCGGAGGUGUUUGUCAAGAUGGCGGCUCCGGCGUCGCAGGAGCAUCGGGAGUGGUUGAAGGGGAAGCUGGAGAGGAAGAUGGCGAGGUGGGGGCCGAAGAAGACGCAGGCGAGGGAGGAUCGGAAGAGGAGGGCGGAGAUGGUGUACCGGGGGGAAUUAUAA